AUGACCCCGUCCCGGCAUUAUCCCUUCCUGGCUCCUGGUUUUUCCCACCAGUAUGUUCCGAAGACUUUGGCUGUUUUCGCCGAAUUGCAAGAGAAAAUUACUGACAUGGAUGAGGAGGCUCGGGACUUACAUCAGAUAAGACAAUUUGUGAGACAGAGAUAUGAGGCUAAUUGGAAGUUCUGUCCCUCUGGCCUUGAAUGGGGGUGCAACAACUCUCCCUAUAACUCAGACAAGGAUGACAACAGGUUAGACUGCUGUAGCAUGGGGUACGCCGCGAUUACUAACGAUGGGGAAGUUGCCUCACCAGAGGGAAAUCGUCGGUCAGUCUGCAGUUCGUUGGACAGCAAAGCUUCACCAGAUGAUAACGGUGCUCAUUCGCAUUGCAGUUCGUUUGUGCGGUCGUCUGGCGCCACAAACUUAGACACAUGA